UCUUUCGAAAUCUCAUCAGUUUGCUCAGAGCCACUGUUGGGGAAGGGUCCACGCGUGUCCUUGCUCCGGUGCUCGUGUUUUUCGACAGCAAGCACACACCUCAGCAGAAGCAGCAGCAGCAGCAGCAGUAUUUUGGCUUGCCAUAAGCGACAGCAGCAGCAGCGGAUAAAAACGCAUUCUCGCACUUAAAGCACUUCCAUUCUUCAUUUUCGAUGUUAAAAAAGGAUACUUGAAGCGAUACAAUUAUCUGGUUGUCAAACAGAAAAGCAAACAAACAAACAAAAAACCUUUUAACAACAAGAUACGAAGUGAAGGCGGAAGCCGCGCGUGUGUUCUAAGUUGCGAAAGUUUGCAAUUUGCGUUUUGUUGAAAAGCAGGGAGAAGCGCAGUUUGUGUUCAGUGAGAGUGAGUGAGUAAAGCAAAAGAAUCCCGGAAAAUAGGCAUCAAAUAGUGGUCGGAAGUGAGGGAAGCAAAAUUGUUCGAUUGCAUCGCAAAAAGAAAAGUGAGAGUGAGUGGGUGGGGCAAUUGCGAAGGUGUGCGGAGCGUGAUUGAAAGUAAGCAGCAAGCGAGCGAGAAAAGUGAGAAGCGCUGGGAGGAAGUGAGUUUUUGGAAAAGGUUUUCGCAAAAAGUGUAUGAAGUGGGAAACGAAAGGAAGGAGCCUGCUGGAGAAGGCAAAGAAAAACCGAGAGGGAAAAAGCAGCACAAGCAGAAGAGAAGAGGGCGGGUGGUAAAUCAGCAUUUCCUCGGUAUUUUGGCUUAAUAUUUAGCGUAAGUUGUGGUGUCGCCCGCGCAGAAGAGAAGCAAUAGUUGUUGUUCUUCGUCUUCGCUUUAGGUCGGGAUUUGCAUUUUUCUUUUCUUGGAUGUAAAUGUGUGUUUCAUGUGCGCUUGUGUGUGCGUGUGUGUGCGUGCAGAAAGGAAGAUGACAAUGUCAUUCAAGUUUUAAUCAGCAAAGAAAAGUAACGGCAAACGGAAGGAAAACAAGUUGGCACAUUCCACCGACUGAACGGGAAGGUCUUUUCGCUUUAUCGAUUUCGGGAUAAGUAUCGCAGAACGAGGUGGCAAAAAAAGUGCAUGAGAAAGUGAGGCUGGUGAAGGCUGCACUGGUUGAGAGGGUAGUGUGGAAAGCUUCCCCCUAUCUCUCUCUCCCAGCCUGCAGCUAGGGAAAAAGGGCGACUCCGCCCGUUCGUGUUGCGGGGGUGGUAAGAGCGCCAACAACAACCCUCCAGAGCGCGCUGCUCCAUCAGGCCUCCAUCGGCCGAAAAGUUCCCGAAACAAGGAGGAGAAAAUUAAUCUAAAUUCUCGCAGCGAAGUAAAAGUUUCGUCCCAAAAGCGCUCCGACUCCGACAACGGGCAACGACGACAGCCAACGGUCAAAGGCAUGGAUUACGAGGCGCUGCUUUUGCUGUUGCUAGCCUAAGAAGGAAGCGGAAUAACAUCUUCCCUUGCGAACAAGAGAGACGGAGGACGUUUAAGUUGCGAACGAUAGCGCAGGCGGCAGCGUGCAAGAGAAAGCGGUUCGAUUCUAUAGCUCCAAGGUGUUAAAAGCAGUCGCCGAUUGUUAGCUUCCACUCUCUCUCUCUCUGUACUUGGGAAACGGUGACGGCUCGUUCCGAUGCUGGCAAAGCAACAGCACGACAUGACGAUGGUGUCGACGUCUGGUGGACAGUAGCGAAAAAAACAUGCAUCAGGAGGAAACACUUUCGGUACAGCACCAAUCUCAGCGACGACGCGGUGAUCGAGGAAGAGGAGUGAAAGCACGGAAGGAAGGAACAGCAGUAGAAAGAAGAUGUCGUCACCAGCCGUACUAGCUGGGACGCCGCACCGAUAGCUGUGUGUGAGAAAGAACGAGCCUCCACUAUUUAGCCGAACCCAAUGCAGCAACCGGCAGUCGGUAGUAGCCACAGUUCGCAGGAGAAUCGACGCAGCCGACGAAGACGUGGACGCAGAAAGGAGGAGCAGCAGCAGCAGGUAGCAGGUUCCGCGAGGACGGAAUUUGAACGCAACGGGAACGGCACACUCGACUGAAGUGGAGAACCGAGCAUGGCACCCCACACCCAAACCGCCGGUGGAGUAGGGGGCAUAACGAUAAAGCAACCAUUUCAACGGCGUCAGUGGCCAUACAACACGGUCAACACGGCCGGCACGGCAACGAAUGCUGUAACCGCCGGCACCACCACCACCACCACCAACAACAACAACAAUACGACAAACGCUGCAGGCAGCGGCACCUCGACGCUGGCCGGUAACAACAAUACUAGUAUAAGCAUAAGUAGUAAUAGUAGCAACAGUGCCGCGGCCAACAGCAAUGGCGGCGGUGCAUCUCACACAACGGCAGCCGUUGCUGCGACUGGAACGACAGCGGCGGCGGCAUCAAGCGCUGGAGCGACGACGAGCGCCACAGCAACAGCAGCCACCAUCACUGCCUUUGCGACGACCCAGUCACAGACGAAUGGCAGUAGCUUCUCCACAGCCAACAACAGCAACACUGCCACGGCUGCUGCCGCCGCCGUCGCACUGCUGCGGGUCGCUUCCGCCGGCACAUCGGCCAGCAUGGCCGUGAGCCCGGCGAACAAGCUGAAACGCCUGCAGCCGACGACGGUGACGGCAUCGACGGCUGCCACCGCGCCCCCAACCACCACCGGUGUUCAGACAGACGGAACUGGAAAAAGCAAUAGCAGCAACAGCAGCAAUACCGGCGGCAGCAUCCACCACCACGUGGCCGCCUCCGCCAAACGGGCCCGCCCGAAUCAGCAGGAGGGCGCGGGCAAGAUUGUGUGUAAGUCGGUCGGCACGAACACGAACGGGCCGCCCGCACUGGUCGCGGUCAGCAGUGCUGCCAGCCAGAAAAAGUUGACGCAAAUGGCGAUCGUUGCUGCGAGUGCGGUCAGCAACAACAACAACAGCCCCAGUCAGGCGGCGAUGUUGAUGAAGGCCGCUGCAACGUCCCUACCAGCGACGGCAGCGACUACCACCAUCAACACCUCCGCCAGUAUGCUGACGGCUGCCGCAGCCGCCACCGCCCUCACGGCGGACCUAGCAAAGGCAAACAAAAUCACGGGAUACUUCAAGUCGCAGCUGAAACCGCCCAACACGUUCCAGAGCUUGAAGAAAAGCAUCAAAACCGUUGCCGGACGUGCGUCGGCAAUGCAGCAGCAGAAGCGGAAGCAGCUUACGGACGGCUCCACGGAAGGCUGCCCGGAAUUGACGGCCACCUCUACUGCCACCACCAGCAGCACCACGACUACGAUCAAACUGCCAAUGAACGGGACGAGGACGACGGCUGGUCUCGUCAGCACUGCGACGAGCUCCAGCUCCUCCACCUCCACGCCGGCACCCUUCUCGGAGGUGGACGUGGAGAAGUAUUUGAAGCUGUUUCAGCAGCAGACGACAGCACUGGGCAAACCGGCAAAUGCAAUAUCACCAGCGACGGUAGCGCUGGAAGCGGUCGCUAUAGCAACGCUGGCCGCAUCCGAGGCGGCAGCCACUGCCAACACCACUAGCAGCAGUGCCAGUUCUUCCUCCUCCUCCUCGGUGGUGGCCACCUCCACCAACAGCAAUGCGGCGAUCGUGUCGAAAAAGGUGGAGCGCAAGACGGCACGCAUCGCACCGACCGUGUCGGCCACGCGCAAGAUCAGCCACACCGUACAGGGCGGUCUUGGUGUGGGUGGAGCGUCCGUCGUAACCGGACAGACAAAGAAGCCCAUCAACAUUGCGCCGCGCACCACCACGGUCAGCAGUACGACCGCGGUCUACCAGCACACGAUCGUGGCGGCACCGGCGGCAACGAGCACUGCCGCCACCAGCAGCAACACUACCGCCAGCGUGCACCACCAUCAUCAGGCGACUUCGACGACGACCACCACCACGCAGAAGACUGAGCAUCCCAUGCUGCUGAGCAAAACGAAUCCCUCGCCGCCGGUCCUGCUCACCACCAUCCGUCUGCCGGCUGGUACGGCGGCGGCGGCGGCGACGGCGGUCUCGCAACAACAGUCACAGCAGCAACCGACACUGCCAACCGUGUCGUCCCAGUCGCAAACGGUACAGACCGGUGCUACAACCCAGUAUAAAACGAUCGUUCCCCACCCACCAGUACCAGCCUCGUCCAGUGCUGGCGCCUCCACCGCCGCCGCCACUGCAACAUCAAAGCCAUUGUCGAGUUCAAAACAUACGACAGCGGUCAAUACGUCGGCCGCCGACACCACCACCACGAUCGCCCCAACGGCGGCCGUCUUUCAGUUUCACCACCAUCACCAGCUGACGGGAGGAGUUGGACCCGGCCAGAUACCGAAUCUGGUGCAGAUCUCGAACCUACUUCCCCUGGCCCAGCAGCCGCCAAAGCUAGCCGGCGGUGCUUCCCUCACGCUCACCACGGCGGCUAGCGCGGCCGCCAUCCAGCAACAACAGCAACAACAGCAGCAGCAACAACAACAAUCGGCAUCGGCCGCGGCCGCUGCCGCAUUCGCAUCCGCGCUCGGUACCGGCACCCCGACGGCUACGGCCGCCAACCUGCUAGUCAACGCGAACGGCCUCAGCAGCGGUGCAGCGGCCGGGCUGCUGCGUAGCGGAGCAACCGGCACCAAUGGCAACGCGUCCGGCCCGGCGGCUGGCCCAACGCCACAGCUCGUCAUGAACGCGACCAUCAUCAAAAUCCAUCAAAUACAGCAGCAACAGCAGCAGGCGGCCGCUGCCGCCGCCCAGCAAGCGGCACAGCAGCAACAGCAGCAGCUGAUGGCAGCCGCGGCCAAUUCGGUUGCGAACGCGGCAGCCGCAGCGGCAGCCACCCAGCAGCAGCAAAGCUUCACCAUGGAGGCGUCCGCGAUGAACAUGAACUUUAGCGGCAUGUUUGCCACCAAACCGACCACCACGGUGGUGCCGUACUCGUGCCAGACAACGGCGGCCGGGCGCGCCACCGCCUACCACCAGCAGCAGGCCGGCCCCCAGGCCCUGUACUCCUCGGCGCUGAACCACUUCGCCGCCGCCCAGCAGCACGCACAGCAGCAUCAUCCGCAGCAGCUGUUUAUGACGCCCACGGGCGGGAUAUUCGUGAACGCGGCCGCCAUCCCGGCGAUGAUCAGCUCGCAGCUGAGUGCGGCCUUCACCCAGGCGACGGCCAACAUUCCCGCGCUGCAUCCGCUGCAGCCGCCACUGCCAGCGUCGUCGCAAGCCACGACGAGUGGCAGCGCAAACGGUGGCAGUGCCGCCGCCGCCCCCGGACAGUUACCAAAUAUCACAGCUAUCAUCCAACAGAGCAACGGCGGAACGGCCGCUAGCGGCGGCAGUGCGGCUGCCGCCCAGCAGCAACAACAGCAGCAACAUCAUCACCACCAUCACCAUCAACUACUGGCGAACAUUUCGCCUGCAAUCCUCUCGAACCUGCAGGUAGCAACGGCGGCAGCGCUCGCCGGCGCUGGCACUGGUGUGAGUGCGAACAAGCUCGCUCUCGGACAGGCAACACCGGUGACGGGCGCUCAGUUUGUGCCAAUCUCGGCUGCCGCUCACUACGGUGCCGGCACCACGAUCUACGCAGCAGCACCGCAAACCCUCUCUAUCGCGACGUCGAUGCAUCACGCACAGCAGCAGCAGCAGCAGCAACAGCAGCAGCAACAACAACAACAGCAGCAGCUGCAACACCAACAACAGCAACAGCAGCAACAGCAAGCAAUCCUGUCGGCGGGUGUCCAAUCGCUCUCUCCGCCACCGCUCGUGGCCACCGUGCCAACGUUCACCACCACCGGCAAACCGAUCAUGAACGCCGUACUGAACGGAGUCUCGUCAGCGGUGUCGUCCGGUACAACACCUUCUUCCGGUGCGCAAAAGCUGUCCCUCGGUGGCGAACCGCCGGGCCUGGUGCCGGUACAGCUUUCGAAGCAACCGCCGGUUGUUUCGUCGGCUGCUGCCGCACCACUUCCCAAGCUGGUCCGUUCUGGGGCGCUCCCGGCGCGCAGCAACGGGUCCACGCAAACGUCUGCGAUCGUUGUGCCGCCAGCCGCACCCACCUCACCGCCGGCGCUCAACCCGCUCACGGUGGAUUGUGGCAGCAGCAACGACAGUGGCAUCGUGGCCAACUCCAGCGACAGCGAGGACAAGUCGCUCACGAUCGAUCUCUGUUCGCCCGGAUCGCCGUCCGACACGUCCGACACUGCCAAGAAGGGCGAGGAAGGGGACGAGGAAGAGGAAGAAGAUCAUCAUAUUCACGACCACCAUCACCAUCACCAUCACCGUCAUCUGCAUCAACGGCAUCAUCUGCAUGGCAGCAAGGACGAUACACGCACCACGACGUCGUCCCGAUCGUCACCGCUCUCUACCUCAUCCUCGGAAGACUCCGAGGAUCUGAUGAUCGUCGACCAUCAUGCGCCGUCGGCAGAGACAAAUACCACUGCAACGGUUGCAUCCGUUGCGGUUUCACCGUUUCCGCCGCCACUGCGGCUACUGUCUGACGUGGCAGUCGCGGCUGCCGAGGCAGAAGCCGCUCUUCAUCAGCAGCAACAACAGCAGCAGCAGCAGCAGACAGCUUCUGUGGUGCACCAACAACAACACGCCACGACCAAUUCGUCCGUGCUAGAGCUGAUCAGACAGAAGCAUGAGCAGCAACAGCAACCGGACCAAUCAUCGAUGGAGCAGGAUGAGGAGGAGGACACAUCAUCGUCCAGUGCCAAGCCAGAGGAGCAGCUGCUGCAACAGCAGGAGCAACAGCAGCAACUGCAGCACGAACCAAUGUCCGUCGCUUCGUCCUCGUCUGGAACGGACCUUCAGGAAGACUACAGUGCCGCCCCGACGCCCCAAAGCAGCAGCUCGUCCGACGGUACGCUGACGUCGCAACAGCAGGAGCCAAAGUCGUCCUCCCAGCUCGACGCCCGCCAUGCGAACGCAUCGCCCAGCUGCUCGCUGUCGGAGCAAUCUUCCUCCCAUCUAUCGCCACCGAGCAUCGACACGGAGAUGGCACUGGCGAACCCGCUCGCGCCGGAAGCAACCUGUGCCAAAAGCCCCAUCCUUUCGCAGCCGAAAACGAUCCGCUUCCCGGCACCGUCCGGUACGGCACCGCAUCACAACUUCGGCCGCAAGGGCUUCCGCCGGUCGGGCGACGGGCGGCUGUACGGCGUGUGCUACUGGCGGGACUGUGACAGCAAGUACGACAGCAACACGCAGCUGCUGGACCAUCUGCAGAACGCGCACGUCAACACGCAGAAGGACGGAACCGGCCUGUACGCCUGUCUGUGGGACGGCUGCAAGGUGCACAACAAGGAAUCGACCAAGUUUAACUGGCUGGAAAAGCACGUCCUGUCGCAUGCCUGCACCAAACUGCACAAGUGCAUCUUUGAAGGAUGUGGCAUGCGCUUCGCCUCACAGCCAAUGCUGGUAAAGCACGUCAACAGUCACGUGGAUGUGGACCGAAACAGCUCUGGCAAGCGAUCGUCCGAUCCGCCCGUCCCGAAGAUGCUACGUAAAACGGGCAAAAAACUGCGCUACCGUCGGCAACCGUGGUCAGCGCGCCGUUUUGAUUUCUUCGAUUCCGGUGUGAUGGAAGGGUUGCAGCAUCGCUUGAUACGGCUUGCCACCAUCGCAAGCGGACCGGGUGGAGCGAUAACGUUCCGUGGAUUGCAGCUCAGCCGUCGCCACAUACCCAGCGAAGGGACGGAAGUGCUCGUCCGAUGGUACCCAGCCGAUAUCUUACCGGACGAAUGGUUACCGGAGCUUCCGGCAGGGGAAAAGUUUGUGAAACAGGUCAACAUUCACAGUCUCUCCUUCGAGCAGCAGAAUGAACUGUCGGACUAUUUGAAGCACGAUCGGCUCAACCCAACGGCUGCUACGAUUGUGAACCCGUUUAUCGCGCUGCACGAGCACGAGUGUGCGUUGCCGGUAACGACGACGACUGCCAGUGGUGGUAGUGGAAGCAGCUCCAAUCUGAGCAGUAUCAGCAGCAACAGCAGCUGCAGCUGGAGCAACAACAGCUUCUCGAACUGUCCAACAACCGAGAAGCGAUUUAAUUCACGCACGGCACCCAAGCAACAGCGCAAGCGCUCGAAACCAUCCGGUACAGGUUCAUCGACGGGAGGAUCUUCCAUUACAUCCACCGGAUUUUCGUCGCUGUUUUCAACCUCGCUAACAUCACUAUCCGGUGGUGGAGGAGCUGGAGCGACCACUGCCAGUAAUACGGCCCCGUCGUCCUGCGGUAGUAGUAGUCGUGAUGGAAGCUGCGGCACAAUGCAACUGUCAUCCUCAUGCUCUUCAUCGUCGAUUUCGUUUACCUCCUCAUCGGGAUCCUCUUCCGCAACGUCAUCCGGACUCGUGAUGAAAUCAUCGUCCUCAGCCUCAUCCUGACCGUCGUCGAUGCCAACGAGAGCGCACAAUCAGAAGCGCAAAGUAAGACCCGCUCCGGUAAGCGAGCGUGUCAAACCGGUAGAAGCAAAGCCGGCAGCGCCCGCCGCUGCAGGAUCAUCAGUUAGCCGACAGGGUCGCAUCCGAUUGCUGUCGGCAAAGGCAGCCCAGUUGCCGUUGCAGCACCGUGAUGGCAAACGAAAAAACACAUCUCAUAGUGCAGCAGGGGAGCGGAAUCGUCGCAGUGCUGCCGCUGAAACCACUGGAACCGCAAAGAGCAGGCGGUAAGGUGGAUGAUUGUAUUGUAUGAUAAUUAACGAAUAAUUGGUAUAUAGUAGUUGCUUCCACUCCUGCAUAGGCGAGGAGGGGUGGCACAACAUGUAAUUAGGGUGAAUGAAGUAGAAAUGUCUCCGCUCCGCUAAACGAUACAAUCCAUAACAAGAGCAAUUGCAAACUAGAAGUAUAUAGCCAGGGUUAGGAAGUAAUGUGUCUAAAGUGAAUUAAAAGCGCCAAACGCUACUAGCUUACUCUUUAAUAAGCGCACUAGGGCGCAUUUUUUAUGGACUGAUCCUACGCGCCUGGAGUGAGGAGAACUCUCCUCCAACUCUCCUCGGUUAAGAAAUUCCCCACCAAACACCACAUACCUACUCACAUCUACACACUCACGCACACAAACACUCACACUCGUACACAAACAAACAAACAAACAAACAAACACGGACACUAGAACGUGGCCUGCAAGUAGCAUGUAAGUGCAACAGUAGCCAUUGAAGAUUUCUGAGUAUGAUGUGUGCGUCGGUCGUGAACGGAGGGUUAAUGUGAGGUUAUUAUUUUAAUUAACUUACUCACCCGGUUCAGUGGUGUUGAAAUUGUGAAUAUAUUUUAGUUUAGAGCAAAGUGUUAGAUAAAUGUCGGCGAGGCAAGGCAAAGGUAUGUUUUUUUUCCUAAAUUUCCUCGUUCGGAAGUAGAGCUAAGCUACUCCUUUUGCGCUAAUGAUCUAUUACAUUUUCGACUAUUAGUACAACAAGGGAAGCAAUGGAAACGUAAGCCGUGUACGUGAACUAUUAAGCUAAAGAAAGGAACUUUAUUUGUCGAAAUGAUUUGAAUGUAGAAGGAACUUGCGAUACACAAAUAUACACACUCACACAAACCAACCAACCAUAGACACAUCCAUCGGCCGUAGGGAGAGCGUUGUUUGUAUAAGUCGAAUGUUCUGGCAUGCGCACAAAUAAGAGAAGAGACAACAAGAGAGGGAAAACGUGUAUUUGGUGAGUGUGCUGCGCGGUAUUAGCACUGCAUAGAAGUUGUCAGACAAAAUUAUUUCACUAAUCCGUUGAUCUCAAAAUAGUACUGUCUAGUGUGUAAAAGAGGACGCAGUACACAAGUAAGUGUGUGCGAGCGGUCACGGUGGCCUUGCAGCCGCGCGGAAGGAGGGCGCAUUGUCCCACGGGAGAGAUCAGGCGCAAAGAACGUGCGUGAAGUAAAGGAGGGGAAACGUAACAUAAUUUGAUGCUAGUGAUGUAAUAAGGCUAGAAUUAGAGUACGCUGUGACCAUAGCAACCACAUAGUACGGGAGGGCGUGUCGGGUUGAGAAUGACAAUAGUAGGCAUUACUCUCCUCGCAAAAUACCCUUUCACUUUACGGGAUCGUAACCACACCCAAACAAACGUACACGCACACAUGCAUGUAAGCGUACACACAACACACACUACACGCCUCCACAAAAGAGCAUGGUGGAAAUAGAGUAAUCUAGCAAUACAUUUCAAAAACAUUGCGAUGGAUUAAGACUGAAAAAUGUAUUUUUAUUAGAUCGUACAGUAAAGGAUGUGAAUGCGAAGGCGGAGGGUUAACCGAAGACAUGGAUGCUGAAGGCGGCGGAAGCACGUAAGAAAAAGGGCAAACAAUUGUGACUCACACACACCAAGGGAGCGAUUUAUAAUAUGGAAGGAUUGCAAUAAUUGUACACAAAUAAGCGACGGGCAGAAGAUGAAACUUUUAACACUUUUAACUAAUCCGCGCAUACCAUCCGCGGAAUGAAUUGGCAGGACAAUUACUCACUGUAACAUGUGUGGUGCAUUUUCACGAUCAACAAGCAAUCUUAUCUUUGCAAUACUGAUGACCAUGGCAACCAUGGGGAUGCAAAAAGUUGCAGGGCACGUGCUUGGAAGAAAAAAGUGUUUGAUAUUGUAUUAUAAUCAAAACAAGUUCUUCUCUCAAUGUGGUGCUGAUUCGAACCUAUCUUUUAAGUUGGUUCAUCUACCGUAAUCGAUCUGGAUCUCGUUUCUCGUUAUCAGACUCGUUUAAGCCUAAAGCUGAACCUGGUGUGUGUGUGAUGACGUUUGUCUUCUUUUGUGUAACUCUUUUAUCUUCUUUGCCAAUCAGAAGAAGAAAACAACCAAAACCUUCGUGUAUUAUCCUUUGCUGCAUUCGAUCCUAAAUUGGCUUUAUAGAAACAAAAACAACAUUUAAAGUUAAAUGUGUGUAAAACAAAAUUAACUAAAAAUUAACAACCACUGUGCGCAUAGGGUUAAAAACGCUUAACAUACGGUCGUCGCCUCAGUCGAACAACUCUGCAACGAACGAACGAAAAAGGGAAGAUGCGCAAAGAAAUAUGAUCACUGCCAAAAAAAACACACACACACAACUGAAAAAACUCUUUAAUCUAGAUGGGGGAAAGAAGAAACUUGACUGAAAUUAUGAAACUAAAUAUUAAAAGGAAGAAGAAAAAGAAGACACUAAAAUCGAACAAAGCGGAAAAGAAAAGGAAAAGAAAAGGAAGAGAAAGGCAUUGUGUAUAGUUGCGAUACGUUGCAUGUAAAAGCCACCCGGAAAGGAUAGAGGGAAUGCAACUGCAUUUAAAGCUUUGCAAGAGUACAGAGGAAAAUAAUUGAAACGGUUAAAACUAAUGAUGUUGCAAAAUGAACCCUACCCGAGGACAGAAUCAAACCCCGUAAAACACAAGAAACAACAUUCCGUCAAAUGUUAGGAAAGGUUUCCUUCGAUACUUCCCAUACAAAUCCUUCUAAACUGCCAGCUUGCGAAGAAAGAUUUGAAUGCGUGCACAAACGACAUCAACCAUCCAGCAGCAUUCUGGUGUUGGUAAACACAAACACUGCCAUUUAACACUGCCGAUUUAUACAUCCUUUUUUUAUUCAGCAUCACGCUUUAUUAUUUAGGGUUGCUUUAUUUUGCAUUUGAUUCCUCGUCGUGUACUUGUUGAGCUUCCCCGUCAGUGCUGUCGGCGCAGGAACUGUGGGGGAAAAAGAUUAGUUAAAUUUUGCAAAGAACUGUUUCUUUUCAUCGCUCUUCAACACUCUUCCGCUCACUCACUACUGCCCAAAACACGAUAAGGCACAACGGAUCGUGAGACAAGAGUUGUGUUCGUUUCUUGUCAAAGACCGCGUCGGACCAUGUUCGAGCCGUUCUAUUUAGGUGUUAAAAUUUAAGUGAAAUGUCGAUGAAAAGCAAAACGCUUAUGCUGUGGAGGCGAAACUGCACCGUAAUGCCAUCGCGGGGGGCCAUCGAUCGUAUCCUUCCUACACCAGUGGAGGGGGGGUACCAGUGGUUUUUUUUGCUUCCCAUGGAAUUCCUUCCUCCUUUCCGCUACGUUUCUAUUGUUUCGGACUGGCUGAGAGAAAAUAAUAUUUCUUUAGAAAUUUAUGUUUGGACUGAUUUUUAUAAAAUAGUUUUCUGUUAAGCGGUUAGGGUUACAUACACGUGUAAAUGGUUUUAGUGGCGUGAAAUUAGACGACGAUGCGACUGCUCUAUCUUCUUGUGUUGUGUGUUACGUACGUUACGUCUCGUUCGGUGCACUAUGUGUGUGUGUGUGUGACAAAAAUCACGGAGCCAUAACUCGAAAAAGCGCAGAACCAGCGAGACAUUUAGACGUCAAAAGCAAUGGACGAAAUUUGCCAUGUGCCCGGGCGCACAUUUGUAGUACAAUCGAAAUCGCUCUCUUUUAAGACGAUGCAAAUUUGGCGCAAUCUUAAGCUAAGGGGUGAAUGGAACGCAUCCCAUCGCCUUUUUUUUUCUUUCUAUAUCGUUAAGUGUAACUACUCGUUUAGGCACUAAUUUAUGUGUGAGCUUUUAUUUUUGAAAAGCAUUCAGAGCAUGUGCGUUCCCAAAAACGACACUAGCGCCGAGUCUCUUUAUAAGAAACGACGAUAGAGAAAGCAAAGAAAAAAAAACGAACACGUCCAACAAUUACAUACAUACAUUUAUCAAUAAAUGUUCUCUCUCUCUCUCUCUUUAUGUUCCCUCCUUCGGUCAUUUAAGGGUGUGAGAAUGGUGUAGCAAAAGUAAAAAUACUAUAGAGCCCUAUCACUGCCGCUCCAUGCUUUUUAAGUGUUGUGAAAGGUUUGUUGGUGCCACUGGGUCAGCCCACAAACACCGUGUGGUAUAACCUUUUCUUUUGUCCAGAAAGGAUUUCUUAGCAAUAUUGUGCGUUUAGCAAAUCGAUCCUCCUAUGUGAGUGUGCGUGUGUUUUGUACGGGCAGCACACGUGCUGCUGUGCUUUUUCCUCCUCUUAUAAUUUGGUGAUGGCGCACUAUUUUGCGCGACUGCUUAGCAUUUACGUAUUUACGCAAAGAGACAGGAAAAGCGCACUGAGAUCUUCACAGCAACCACUCUCCCGUAUUGGUGAGCGCUCUUCAGCCUUCACUGCCCAACCUUUUCACGUGUAGACGAUUUAAGUGUAAUUUUAUUGUAAAAAUAUGACACCUACCUACCUAUCCGUCGUUGUCAUCUUCGUCGAGUACGUUGUGUUUUUUAGUUUAAUUUUUGUAACCCACAUCGUCUCUCUGUACACGCACACGCGCACAACUCGCAAUGUUUUGCGCAGCUGUUCUGAUGGCGCUGAGGGCGAACAUAGUUUUAUAGUAUUUUUUAAUAGGAAAAGUUUAGUAUCAUCAUAACUGCAAAUGCUUAGUGUUAGGUUUAACCAUCUGUCUUCUCCUUAAUCGUAUCCUCAACCCACAACACGCAACCUAUUAUACGACUAAUUAGUACCGUAGGAUUCGAUGUUUGCUUUAAGUUCGUUCGUCUAGUAGCGUUUAAGUGUACACUGUGUAAGCAAACGAUCCCUCUCAUCUUUUGAGGAGCGGAGUAGGAGGAGAGAGGGGGAGCUUGGGGACACGAACCCCCCCCCCCCCCUCAGUACAAAAGCAAACCAAUCGGCGAAGUGUCUUGUGUUUUGUAUUUCUCGUAUAAUAAUCCUUCCGAGGCGGACACACACACACACACCUCGUUGUCGCGCAUGUUAGAUUUAAUACAACAAACAACAAAAAACUACUACUACAACUACUACUGCCCAACCCCUCCCGAAAUGUUCCUGCCACGAUCGCGAUCACACGCGUGUGUAUGUUCAUUGUAACACGAUCCACUGGUGGGCCACACGUGGGGCGCUUAAAUGUGACGUGAAGUUUUUGAAAAAGAAAAUUGAAAAGAUAAAAACUCAUCUUUUAUAUGAACGUUACGUUUUUUUU